UGUAUAUCCAGCCCCUAUAAAACGAUACUACCCAUCGGGUCUUACAUCAAGUUAAGGCCCAUCAUGUAAUUGCUGCAUCUGAAUGAGAAGGAGAACGAUAAAAGAGGAAACAACCAAACAUCUAAAGAAACGAAAGAAGAGUAACAAUGGGGAAAAACCAAGCCUACAAAGCUAUGCAGAGAGCCAGGUUGGGCGGUGCCUCCGCCGGCCCCGACGAGAUUGAAGACGGCAUGGUGGAUGGUUCAUUUCAUUCACCAGAAUGGCAUGCAGCACGUUUGGCUAGCCUUAACACCUCUCACACCAUUACCUGGGAAGAGUACAAAAAGAAGCAAAAGGAAGAGGAAAUAAAAAAAGGGGAAUUGGAAGCAGAUGCAGAUAGGAUGAUGAGAGAGUACAGAGCUCAACUAGAUGCUGAAAGGGCUCGUAAGCUUUCCCAAGGAAGAAAUCACUCUAGUAGCAAGUCUAGACAUUCUAAAGAUAAGAGGGACAAAAUUUCCAAGAAGCACAGCAGCAAAAAGAGAAAGCAUUCAAGAAGAUCUUCUGCAUCUAGCUCCUCUUCAUCAUCUUCAUACUCUUCCAGCAGUGAUGAAGAAGAAAGAGGAUCAAGGAGGUCCAAGUCCAGGUCUAAGAGGUCAAAGAAGGAAAAGAAGCCCAAGUCAAGAAGCAAGGAUACUGGAACGGAUAGUGAAGAUAAUGGUCCAGUUCGUCUUUCAAGAUUCUUUGGGAAUGUUAAGAGUUAAUAGUGUCUGAAUACUUGGUCAUGUAUCAUAAAAUUAUUUUAUGCAAAUUGUACACUGUGGGCAGCUUCACUCUUAUGUUCAACUUAUUCUUUCUUAACAGAUUUGUAAUCUUGUAUGCCAUUUUGUCUUUUUCAGAAAGGAUUAUUGUCUUCUAUCAA